CCGCCAUUGUGGUCGGUGAGGUUCAUUCUUCUUUGCCAUGUCUUCUCACAAGACUUUCAGGAUCAAGAGGUUCCUAGCCAAGAAACAAAGGCAGAAUCAGCCCAUUCCUCAAUGGAUUCAGAUGACAACUGGUAAUAAAAUCAGGCACAACUCCAAGAGAAGACAUUGGAGAAGAACCAAACUGGUUCUAUAA